GGAGGAGGGCGCGGGGGCGCGCACGUCGACGUGGGGCCGUUGAGAGCCGCAGGUGACGAGGAGACGGGGCGAUGGCGGCGCGAGUUUAACCGUCACGGACACAGACCCACAGACAGACACACACACAGACCCACAGACACCCGGAAAAAAAAAAGCCUCAAAGAAAUUGUGGAGCUCUUACAUGUGUCGUGUUAAAACUAAGAAGAGUACGAAUGGCUUUCCGUUGAAUCGGCGUGUACUGUGCUGGAAAGUAUCUCUCCUCCCGGGAGACUGAAGCAUGUAUUCACCACAGCGGAGGGAUUUCAUAUCCGUGACUUUGAGUAAUCAGAACGGGAGGAACUAUGAUAACAGUAAGACCUGGAGGAGGCAGUCCUGUUGGCGGAAAUGGAAGCAGCUAUCAAGGUUACAGCGCAGCCUAAUUGCAUUCCUGUUUUUCUUCAUGGUGUUUUGUGGCAUUGCAGCAUAUCCUAAUCUGUCAGAGCAACGGGAAGCUGUUGCAGACAGAACAGAAAAUGAAAGAUCUAUUGAUAGUCGCUUGAAGCAAGCUGAUCCAGCGGUGGGACCAGCAAUAGAUGUGCCAAUCCCUAAGGAACAGCCAGCUCUGACACCUCCACAGAAACCCAGAAGACCAAAUCCCAACAAACGAGGGCCGCCGUUCUUACAGAACAGAUUGCCAAAGAAGGAAAACGUGGUUGAUCGCAAGCUCGAUAAGGUAGAAACUCAAGCUGAACAGGCACCCAACGACAAGGAUGAGAAGAAAGACAGGUCUGUGAUCAGUUGGCGUGGAAUGGUGAUCGAACCUGAACAGGCCACGGAGGCAAUAGCCGGCAGAGUAAAAGAACAGGCAAAUGUACUGCCCGAUGAGAAAGAAAACCUGAAAGAACCAGGGGCCCUAACUGAGCGACAGAAGGCCGUGAUAGAAACAUUUCAACAUGCUUGGAAGGGGUACAAAGAAUUUGCCUGGGGUCACGAUGAACUGAAACCCAUUUCUAAGACCUACAGUGAAUGGUUUGGUUUAGGACUGACCCUGAUCGAUGCCUUGGACACGUUGUGGAUUUUGGGACUGAAAGAAGAAUUUGAGGAAGCUAAGAAAUGGGUGAUCAAUGAACUGAACCUCAGUAAAAACGUGGAUGUGAAUUUGUUUGAGACCACGAUUCGUGUUCUUGGUGGAUUGCUCAGCACGUACAAUCUAACAGGAGAUCAAGUCUUUCUGGACAAAGCACAUGAACUUGGGAAUCGGCUGAUGCCCGCCUUCAAAACUCCAUCCAAAAUUCCCUUCUCGGAUGUGAACAUUGGCCGCGGCACCGCCCACCCCCCUCGGUGGACAUCUGACAGCACCGUGGCAGAAGUGACGAGCAUCCAGCUAGAGUUUCGGGAACUCAGCCGCGUCACUAACGAUGAUAAAUACAAGGAAGUCGUCGGUGAAGUAAUGAAACUGGUUCAUGGACUCGGAGGUAAACAGGAUGGAUUAGUGCCAAUGUUCAUAAACACUAACUCUGGGCAGUUUAGUCACCUUGGUGUUUAUACGCUCGGUGCCAGAGCUGACAGCUACUAUGAGUAUCUGCUAAAACAGUGGAUCCAAGGAGGAAAGAAAGAAACUGAAUUAUUAGAGGACUACCUGCUAGCCGUAGAAGGCAUCAAGAAGAACUUGAUACGAAAGUCCGAACCUAACAAACUGGUCUUCGUGGGUGAACUUUCCCAUAACCAAUUCAGCCCCAAAAUGGAUCACUUGGUAUGUUUCCUGCCUGGUGCCCUGGCUUUAGGAGCUCAUCAUGGGCUUAGUGCUGAUCACAUGGACCUGGCUAAAGACCUAAUGGAAACCUGCUACCAAAUGUACGCACAGAUAGAAACUGGACUGAGCCCAGAAAUUGUCCACUUCAAUCUGAGUCCACACAAUGGCAAGGAUGUGGAAGUUAAGCCUGCUGACAGACACAACCUGUUGAGACCUGAAACGAUUGAAAGCCUCUUCUACCUGUACAGAUUUACACAGGAUAAAAAGUAUCAGGAUUGGGGCUGGGAGAUCCUCCAAAACUUCAACAAAUAUACCCGAGUUGCCACUGGAGGCUACACUUCUAUUAAUAAUGUCCGCAAUCCUGAAAACCCAGAGCCCAGGGAUAAAAUGGAGAGCUUCUUUCUUGGAGAGACACUGAAAUACUUUUUCCUUCUGUUUUCGGAUGACUUCAAUUUUAUUAAUCUGGACAAAUUCAUUUUUAAUACAGAAGCACAUAUUAUUCCAAUAUGGACAACCUGACCAGAUAGAUCUUUGAGUUGACCUCUCAACAGGUCAGUUAUGGGAUGAACCUGUUGGGUGUUUAACAUGGAGUUACCCACUGUGUGGAGGUAUUGCUCUACUUCAUCGCCCACUGUGAAAGUUGAUUGUUACAUGGAGGCGUAGCAAUUGGAACGGUAAGAAACUAUGAACUAGGGAACAAACUUUUGGUAAACUGUUGCUGCAAGUGAUUUUUUUUCCUUUAUUGACAAAACAAGCUUAAUUCCAUUGUCUUCAUCUAUUUAUUUCUCUUCGCCAACUUCAACCCUGUAGAUGAGUAUUGCAUAAUAAGACUCCUUGUUGGGAACAUACAAAUGUCAGGGAACAAAUUGAAUUUCAUACCAUCCAUAUAAGAUUUGGAGCAACUAAAUUGCAUUGAUGUAUAGUCUGAGUCUUAGCUGCAUUUCUUGGUCAAUGGGGUGUUUUAUUUUGACUAUUUGUUUUCAAUUUCAUAAUAAUUUCAUAAAUUAUUUAGAGAAAUGAAAAGACUGAAUCAACAAGGACGGCAUUUGGACAACGAGGUCAGUCACCAGGCCACUCUUUCACUGCAGUAGAGACUGUAAAUGAAAACUUAUUGCCAUGGAACCGUUAAGAGUCCAUAAGACUGAUACAAGUUAUUGUAAUAAGUCGAUAAAUUGAUUGACCAUGUUCAUGGUCAGGUGUGAAUUGUCUUUUUUAUUAUUAUUAUUGAACAAAGCCCCAACUGCCUACUUAUACAGGCUGCUGGCUUGCUAUGAAGGAUCCACUAGUAAUCCAUUAGGCUAGCUUUGUUUUAUUGCUGUAGCUGCUGCUAAGACUUCAGCGUACCUGGAUAUUUCACCUUGAAAGCAUAGCAUGAACUAGUUAUGAUUCAGUUCCGAGCAUAGAAACAACCAGAAAUAGUGCUGUGGGAUUUGCAAGGCCUAUAUUUCUAUCUACUGCUUUCAUGCAAUUGUUACAGCUGUAAUUGAAGAUAUAUACACACUCGUGAUAUGAAUCUAGUAAUGAAACAGUAAUCAAAUGUGUUUGCAUUGCUAAUAACUGUAUAGGUUGUCUAAGAAAUAAUUUGUGUUUAGUAGAAAACAUUUCUUCCACGGUUUGUGUUUUGUCUUACGUAACAAAGGAAAUGGUUGGCUAUUCAAGCAACUUUAUUAGUUGAGUGAUAAUGUGCAUCACCUCUUAAUUUAAGCACAUGUAAAAUGCAAGCUGGGACUGUGGUGUGGGAAUCAUGUGGUGAAAUGCAAUAUGACAACUUUGUAAAUAUAUUCAGGAAUAUGGUUAGAAAACUUUCAGGAAAUGAGCCAUAUUGUAUAGUAUUUACCUAUCUCAUCAAGACUCUUUACAAGUCAUAGAAAAUCUAGAUUUUUAUGGCCUUUGAAACUAAUGCCAUCUUGCAAAUUGGGAGUGCACUUGUAUUGUUUGAGCCUCUGCAUCGGAAUUAGUAACAUUUGUCACUGGUUAUACAUAGUCCAAAUUGGUAAAAAUACAUUGUAAUUUUAUGGAUCUAAUUCUCAUACCUUUUCUGAUAUUUUUAAUGACUUGCAAUAUCUAAAGCAGGUUAUUAAAGAUUCAUUGAAUUCAGCUCUGCCGCAUUUCUGAUUUAAUUGUGCGGUCGCCAAAAAAAGCCUUGAACCGGAUUGCACAGCAAAGCUAAGUGUGAAAUUAUCCUUACUUGAGGUAUUACUAUAUUAGUUGUCAUAAAUAUUAUGAUCUUCAGUGAGAAUUACUAUUGCACAAAAGGGAAUUGGAGCCUAUGAAGAGAACCAGUUUGUCUUUUUUUUCCAUAUCUGAUUUUUCAAAAUCAGACUAAUAGACAAGAAUAAAAUGGGGGGAAAAAGGUUCGAAAGAGGGGUGAAAAAAGAUGGAGGAGCAGUUACUGUGGUCCUAAUUAUUGCUGUUAUUGUUUUUGUUAACAGUUUGCCCCCCUUUACAAAUGCCACAUUAAAUCCUAAGAUUUUAUUUUAAAGUAUGUGGUAAAUAAGGUUCAAGGAGAUAGAUGUGAACAUAUCUGAAACUCCAGAUAGUUUUAAACUAUAAUUUGUCAUUGAAAUUUUCUUUUGUAAAUAAUUACAGGCUAUUUUUCAAAAUUAAAAUUUGACGCCUCUGAUUGGUGUCUGAGAGUGUAUUUAUAUAUAAGUUAUACUGAAAUAUUCCAAAAGCAAUUGCACAUGUGAAGCUUUUUGUGUAAGUCCUUUGUGUCAGUCAGUGAUUUCUGUUUACGUCCAUCAUAAAUUGUCAUUCCUGAAAAGAUGGCUGAGUAUCAAUGCAAUAUUAGUCCUGAGGAUGCAUUUCUAAGUAAAUACUCAUUUUAAUUUAUGACUGUUAGGUUUAAAACAUUUAUCCAGUUUCAAUGGGUUUGGGAAUAUUAAACUAGUUCCCAUGGCUUUUUGCUUGCUGGUAACUAUUCAGUUGAAAAGUGGAUGAUGUUGAUGUAAAUAUCUUUUUGGGUUCUAGGAAAAAUGAUUGUAAAUAAAAGUAUUAUAACAGCCA